AAAUAGCACUUUAAAUUGAUGAAGCUGCCCACACUCAAUCGCCCUCACUGUUUAACGCUGAAGCUGUGCUAAUGGCCAACACCAAUCCCUCGCAGCUCCUCCCGUCAGAGCUAAUAGACAGGUGCAUAGGGUCGAAAAUAUGGGUGAUAAUGAAAGGAGACAAGGAACUUGUCGGUACUCUGAGGGGAUUUGAUGUCUAUGUCAACAUGGUCCUUGAAGACGUUACUGAAUAUGAAAUCACGGCUGAAGGGCGACGGAUUACCAAGCUUGAUCAGAUAUUGCUGAAUGGAAAUAACAUUGCCAUUCUGGUUCCUGGUGGUUCCCCUGAUCCAGAAUGAAAGCAGUGGAUGUCUGCAUAACUUCAUUUUCCUUGUAAUGUAAUUGAGGCAGAUACCUUCUCUGUUUUACCGAGAGGGGCAUCUGUUAAGAAUUCCAUUUCUAUCUAUCCAUUUUUCUGUAGGAAUGUAGUUGAAGUAUUAUGGUGGAUGAAAUUAUUGUCUUUAUUCUAAUGAUAAUACUGGUAGAUUCAGAGUUCA